UCAUUGGUAUGGUGGGAGAGGCUGGUUUGUUGACUGACUUAGGCUCUGCUUCGUUGUAGCUGCCACUGGCAAACUAGCCAGCUACCUUUUCAGAGUUAAAGGUAUUCAUUUGAAAAGAUGUCAGUAAUGUAACUCCCGUCGUAGAACUCUUGCCUCAGGCUCUGGCACAAUGAGAUGCUUGUCUGCAGAUGAAUUUCGCGUUAUCGGACCAAUUUCUAACAGAACACGACGUGGUUGUAUCUAACGUUAGCUUAAGUUACAAGAUUGACAAGAUAGACGACUGAAGUUGCUGUGGAGUGUAAGAUAUGGAUAACGCUAGGGUGACUGGAGGUAACGUUAGCUUAUGAGGCAGGUUAGCCAGCCGAGAGCGACAUGGAAAUAAGAGUAUUUACAGAUGGAUUUCGACCAUAGACAUUUUCAUCUGUUUGAUCAGUUGUUCUAGUGCUGAUCUUGAAGAGCCGUAGCAGCGUAGCUCUCGCUCGUCCUGGCUGCAGCGCAUCGUUGGCCUAGGAAGCUAGCAGUAAGCAAGCAAAGCUAGCUAGCUAGCUGCACGCUUGGCUCCUCAAUCAAGGUUGCAUGUUGUUGAUGGCCUCCUCACCAGUCAUGGACACGCUGACCAACGCAUGCCCCACGGUGCACCAAAAUGGGACUGCCCAUCGGGAAUCUCCAGAAGCAAGGCCGGCUGCUGCUGUUCUGAGACUUCAUUUCUACCACAGCCAAGGAGCAGCAGACUGCAGCUUCCUCAGCUACCCACCUGGGGAUUAUGUAGCUGAGGAAUUGUGUAUAGAUGCAGCCAAGGCAUGCAGUAUAUCACCUCUCUACUGCAGCCUGUUUGGUCUUUUCCGAGAGGAAGACCGCUUGUGGUUUUCCCCCAACCACAUCUUCCAGCUUGACGAAUUGGCUUCAGAAGAUGUGUUUUUCAGAAUAAGGUAUUACUUCCCUGGCUGGUACAGUGGUGGGACAUCACGGGCAUACAGAUAUGGGGUUGCCAAGGGGUCAGAAAGCUCUGUCUUCGAUGAUUUUGUGAUGUCAUACCUCUUCUUUCAGUGGAGGUAUGACUUUGUCAAUGGCUUGGUGAAGAUCCCCAACUCCCAUGAGACUCAGGAAGAGUGCCUCGGUAUGGCCGUACUCGACAUGACAAGAACAGCCAAGGAGAAACAGCUGUCACCACUGGACAUCUACCACACUAUAAGCUACAAGUCCUUCUUGCCAAAAGACAUGAGAGCGCAGAUCCAAGACUGCAACUUCUUGACACGCAAGCGAAUCCGCUUCCGCUUCAAACGCUUCAUCCAGCAGUUCAGUCAGUGUCGUACCACAGUGUGUGAUCUCAAGCUCAAGUACCUCAUCAGCAUGGAGUCUCUGGAGAAGGCCUUCUACACAGAGACCUUCCAGGUCAGGGAACCUUCAAGUGGACAGCUCAUCAUCCUGGUGGCAGCAGACAGUGGCAUCCAGUGGUGUAGAGAGAAAUUAAAAGACUCUGACCAGGAGCUGCAGACUUUGUGCGACUUUCCUGAUGUCACUGACAUUAACAUCAAACAGGCCAGCAAGGAGGGUGCUGCAGAGAGUCGGGUGGUCACUAUCAACAAGCAAGAUGGCAAGAAUCUGGAGCUGGAGUUCCCCAGCCUGUCUGAAGCCCUCUCCUUUGUUUCCCUCAUCGAUGGCUACUAUCGGCUCACUACAGACGCACAUCACUACCUUUGUAAAGAAGUGGCUCCCCCUCGGCUUGUGGAGGCCAUCACUUCCCAUUGCCAUGGCCCCAUCUCAAUGGAGUUUGCCAUCAACCGGCUUCAAAGGUGUGGAAACAAGCGAGGACUGUACAUUUUGAGAUGUAGCCCUAAAGACUUCAACAAGUAUUUUCUGACUUUCCCUGUUGAGGUGUAUGAUGCUGUAGAAUACAAACACUGCAUGAUUACCAGGUCUGCCAGCGGGGAGUUUAACCUCAGUGGAACCAAAAGAAACUUCAGCAGCUUGCAAGAACUGCUGAGCUGCUACGAAAAGGAAACUAUGCGCUCUGACAGUGUCAUUUUCCAAUUCAGCAAGUGCUGCCCACCUAAAUCCAAAGAAAAGUCCUGCCUCCUCGUGUGCAGGAGCAACAAGGGCUCUGAAGUGCCUCUUUCUCCAUCAAACCAUCGACACAACAUCAGUCAAAUGGUGUUCCGCAAGAUCAGGAAAGAAGAUUUGGAAUUUAUGGAGAGUCUAGGUCAAGGGACAUUUACAAAGAUCUUUAAAGGCAUCCGCAAGGAGCUUGGAGACUAUGGACAAGUGCACCAAACUGAAGUAGUCAUGAAAGUUCUGGACCAGGCCCACAGGAAUUACUCUGAGUCUUUCUUUGAAGCUGCCAGCAUGAUGAGCCAGUUGUUCCAUAAGCACCUGAUCCUUAACUAUGGCGUGUGUGUCUGCGGAGAAGAAAAUAUCAUGGUGCAAGAGUACGUGAAGUUCGGUUCGCUGGACACGUACUUGAAGAAGAACAAGAACUCGAUCAACAUCCUGUGGAAGCUGGAGGCAGCUAAGCAGUUGGCCUGGGCCAUGAACUUCCUGGAAGAAAAGCAUCUUGUCCAUGGGAAUGUCUGCGCUAAAAAUGUUCUUCUGGUGAGAGAGGAUGACCGGAGGGCUGGGAACCCCCCAUUCAUCAAGUUGAGUGACCCUGGCAUCAGCAUCACAGUCCUGCCCAAAGAAAUCUUGAUUGAGAGGAUCCCCUGGGUGCCCCCAGAGUGUAUUGGGGACCCUGCCAACCUGAGCCUGGCUGCAGACAAAUGGAGCUUUGGCACCACACUAUGGGAGAUCUGCAGUGGUGGGGAGAAGCCUUUAGCAACACUGGACAACACUAAGAAAACCCUGUUCUAUGAGGACCACCACCAGCUUCCUGCACCGAAGUGGACCGAACUGGCUAAUCUUAUCACCAGCUGCAUGGACUACGAGCCCUCGUUCAGGCCCACGUUUCGUGCUGUUAUCCGUGAUCUCCACAGCCUUUUCACACCAGACUAUGAGUUGAUCGUAGACAGUGAUAUCCUGCCGAACAGGACCGUGUGCUCUGGUUGGUCGCCUGGGGGUUUUGAGAGUCAGGAACCAGCUCAGUUUGAAGAGAGACACCUCAUAUUCUUACAGCAGCUGGGCAAGGGAAACUUUGGGAGUGUGGAGAUGUGUCGGUACGACCCCCUUCAGGACAACACCGGAGAGGUCGUGGCUGUGAAGAAACUGCAGCACAGCACUGCAGAGCACAUACGAGACUUUGAGCGAGAGAUCGAGAUCUUGAAAUCGCUCCAACAUGAGAACAUUGUCAAGUACAAAGGCGUUUGCUACAGCGCAGGACGACGAAACCUCCGUCUCAUCAUGGAAUAUCUGCCCUUUGGAAGUCUGAGAGAUUACCUCAUGAAGAACAAAGAGAGGAUCGACCACAAGAAACUUGUGCACUACACCUCUCAGAUCUGCAAGGGUAUGGAGUACCUGUCAGGUAAGCGGUAUAUCCACAGAGACCUCGCAACACGAAAUAUACUUGUGGAGAGUGAGCUGAGGGUGAAGAUAGGAGAUUUUGGCCUCACCAAAGUUCUGCCUCAGGACAAAGAAUACUACAUGGUGAAAGAGCCAGGAGAGAGUCCCAUAUUCUGGUAUGCACCUGAGUCACUGACUGAGAGCAAGUUCUCUGUAGCGUCAGAUGUCUGGAGCUUUGGAGUGGUGCUCUAUGAGCUCUUCACCCACAGUGACAAAAACAGCAGCCCUCCUGCAGUUUUUAUGUCCAUGAUGGGAAACGACAAGCAGGGUCAGUUGAUCGUCUAUCACCUCAUCGAGCUCCUCAAAUCAGGCAGCAGGCUGCCUCAGCCUCUUGGGUGUCCCACAGAGAUACACGAGAUCAUGGAGGAGUGCUGGGACAACAACCCCUGCUUACGUCCUUCUUUCAAGGAGCUUGCUUUGAGAAUUGACCUGUUCAGGGACAGUAAGGAGUUCUAGACAGAAAAAUCACCCAAAGUGCUGUGCUCUUCUUCGUCCAAGUCACUCUUAACAGUGCUGCCAUGUUUGUGGCCAAAGGACAAAGGCCAAAAUGGGAUCAUACUCCUGCGUGAGUGCCAGCAUGUGGCAGAGCAGGUGGUAACUGGAAGAGUGGUGGUUCCAAACUAGGACCCGCUCAGAAACUACUGCCAAGGUGCCUUCAAGCAAGGCACUCAACCCCAAUUUCUAUUGUGGAGUGGCUUAGGUAGCCAGCAGCAGAGUGAAAACUGUGGUUCGGAUUCAAGGAACUGUUGAAAGUGGUGUUACUGGAAAAGCAAAGCAAAUAUUUCCAUUCAAACAACAUCCUGGACAAAGUUUUAAAAAUAAGAGUUCCAGAGUUUGUGGAGGCUGUGAGUAGACUAUUGCCAGGCCUGAAGCUAGAGAUGCUUGUGUCAAACAAGUUGUGAGUGACUCUGUAUGUGUUUGUGUGAGAGAAUGAGAGGGAGAGAGUGAGUCUGUUGUGUCCAUAAUAAUUGCUAGCAGGGCUGGCUCUUGCCAUCCGUAUCCCCCUCACCCGAAGAAAAGUGUUUACUAUGUGUGUAUAUACCUACAGUAUAUUUGUGUACAUAUGUCCAGAAAAAUUUUAUAAUUUUAUAAAACGAAAAUAUAGUAAACACUAUAUUUGAACUGCCAGCAAGAUGUCAGUGUAAAUGAAGUACAUACAAAGGUGAUUUUUCAAAUGUUAUUGUUUUGUUUUCAUCGUGAGAGGUGGUGUGAACAUUAAAGAGCAGUUUAAUUCAA